AGAAAGAAAGAAAAAUAACAAACACUUUUCCCAUAACAAUAACCCUUUUCCACAUCCCAUUCUCUUUCGUAAUCCUCAAUCGAAAGGAAGAAAAGAAAAAGAAAAAUGCUGUCUUCUCUGUUGAAUCCGUCUUUCUCCACCCUCACUCCAAAAACAAAACCAAAACCCAUCGAUUCAAUCCACACAAAUAAACGCUCUGUCUUCGUUAUAGUAAGAUGCACCUCCUCUUCUUCCAUCACCAACAACCACUCUCCUCUGCCACCCAAUGAUUACCACCGUCGAACCACCGAUAACAUCAAGGACGAGGCUCGCCGCCAUCCCUCCGCCGCCCACAACUUCACUGCUAAGUAUGUCCCCUUCAACGCCGGUUUUGAUUCCUCUGAAUCCUAUUCCCUCGACGAAAUCGUCUACCGGAGCAACUCCGGCGGCCUCCUCGACGUCCAGCACGAUAUGGUAGCUCUCAAGAGGUUCUCCGGCGAAUACUGGAGGUCUCUAUUCGACUCGCGUGUUGGGAAGACAACAUGGCCCUACGGUUCCGGCGUGUGGAGCAAGAAGGAGUGGGUCCUACCGGAGAUAGACCCAGACCACAUCGUAAGCGCCUUCGAAGGUAACUCUAAUCUUUUCUGGGCUGAGCGUUUUGGCAAACAGUUCGUGGGCAUGAAUGAUUUAUGGGUGAAACACUGUGGGAUUAGCCACACGGGUAGUUUUAAGGAUCUGGGAAUGACGGUUCUGGUGAGCCAAGUGAACCGGCUUCGCAAGAUGAACCGGCCGGUCUUCGGAGUUGGUUGUGCGUCGACCGGGGACACCUCGGCUGCACUAUCUGCCUAUUGUGCUUCGGCGGGGAUUCCAUCUAUUGUGUUCCUUCCCGCAAAUAAGAUCUCCACUGCACAGCUGAUUCAACCCGUUUCAAAUGGGGCAUUGGUGUUGAGCAUUGACACCGAUUUUGAUGGCUGCAUGAAGCUAAUUAGGGAGAUCACUUCUGAAUUGCCUAUUUAUUUGGCCAAUUCGCUGAAUAGUUUGAGGCUUGAGGGACAGAAAACUGCUGCUAUUGAGAUUCUGCAGCAGUUUAAUUGGGAGGUUCCUGAUUGGGUCGUUGUUCCUGGUGGGAACCUUGGAAAUAUUUAUGCUUUUUACAAAGGGUUCAAAAUGUGCCAGGAUUUGGGGCUUGUGGAUAAGAUUCCAAGGCUUGUUUGUGCUCAGGCUGCUAAUGCAAACCCUUUGUACUUGUAUUACAAGACGGGGUGGAAAGAGUUUCAGCCUGUGAAGGCUAACUCCACUUUUGCUUCUGCUAUACAGAUUGGUGACCCUGUUUCUAUAGAUAGAGCUGUGUAUGCUCUGAAGCAUUCGGAUGGGAUUGUUGAGGAAGCAACUGAGGAGGAACUGAUGGAUGCAAUGGCUCAAGCUGAUUCCACAGGCAUGUUCAUAUGUCCACAUACUGGGGUGGCUUUGACGGCUCUCAUCAAGCUUAGGAAUUCUGGGGUUAUAGGACCUAGUGAUAGAGUUGUUGUGGUGAGCACUGCACAUGGGUUGAAGUUUACACAGAGUAAGAUUGAUUAUCACUCGGGAUCUAUCCCUGGAAUGGGUCGGUUUGCCAACCCACUCGUUUCAGUGAAGGCGGAUUUUGGAUCUGUCAUGGAUGUGCUGAAGGAUUUUUUAUUGAGUAAGGCCCCCAAGUACAAGUAAAGGUUGCCACUUGCAAGAAACGGUCUCCACCUGAAAAAUCAUUCUUCUACAGCCCGCAUGAUCAUGCUAUAUUUGACUGCGAAAGUUUUAUACGAUAAUAAUCUGAGGGUGGGAAUUGGAU